AUGGAGCUGAGCAGCAAGAAGAAGCUUCAUGCCCUGUCCCUGGCGGAGAAGAUCCAGGUGCUGGAACUGCUGGACGAGUCCAAGAUGUCCCAAUCAGAGGUGGCCCGGCGCUUCCAGGUCUCCCAGCCCCAGAUCUCGCGCAUCUGCAAGAAUAAAGAGAAGCUGCUGGCGGACUGGUGCAGUGGCACCGCCAACCGGGAGCGCAAGCGCAAGCGGGAGUCCAAGUACAGCGGGAUUGAUGAGGCUCUGCUCUGCUGGUACCACAUUGCGCGGGCCAAGGCCUGGGACGUGACGGGGCCCGUGCUACUCCACAAAGCUAAGGAACUGGCCGAUAUCAUGGGCCAAGAUUUUGUACCCAGCAUCGGCUGGCUGGUCCGCUGGAAACGCCGAAACAAUGUAGGCUUUGGGGCCCGCCAUGUCCUAGGGCCUCUGUUCCUCCCUGAGCUGCCUCCUCCAGGACUCACAUCCCAGGCCCCGCCCCCUCUUUCCCUUAAAGACUUCUCCCCUGAGGACGUUUUUGGCUGUGCUGAAGUCCCCUUGAUGUAUCGGGCAGUGCCCGGCCGAGUGGGUCCGUGUGAUCAGGUACAGGUGUUGCUGUGUGCCAACAGCAGGGGCACAGAGAAGCGGCGGGUAUUGAUGAGUGGGCUCCAGGCUGCCCCAAGAUGCUUCUUUGGCAUCAGCAGUGAGGCCCUGCCUGCCUCCUACCACCCUGACCUGGGCAUCCCCUGGUCAGAGUGGUUGGCACAGUUUGACCAGGACAUGGGGCGGCAGGGCCGACAGGUGGCCUUGCUGCUGGCUGCCCGAGUGGUGGAGGAGCUGGCAGGCCUACCUGGUCUCUCCCACGUGAGGCUCUUGCCCCUGUCUGCCUCUAGCACCACACCUUCCCUGCCUAGCUCCGUGGUCCGGACUUUUAAGGCCCGUUAUCGGCACCGUCUGCUGGGUAAGCUGGCUGCCAUCCAGAGCGAGAAGGAUGGCACCUCGCUGGCCGAGGUCGGGGCGGGCAUCACAGUGCUGGACGCUCUGCACCUGGCAGCGGCGGCCUGGGCAAAGGUGCCUACUCAGCUCAUCUUGAGCAGCUUCAUUCAGGAAGGUCUGGCUCCUGGCAAAAUGCCCCCAUCCCCGGACAAAGCUUCUGAGAUGCCACCAGUCCCUGGUGGGCUGAGCCGAGAGGAGUUUUCCCACUUUGUAGACCUGGAGGGUGAGGAGCCAGGGGCUGGAGUGUGCAAAGAGGAGACGGGCACUGAAGAUGAGGAGGGGGCCCCAGAGGAUGGCUUCAAGCUCCUGCCCACCAAAGCCGAUGCCCUGCGGGCCCUGAGCACAUUGAGGAGGUGGUUUGAGUGCAAUGGCACCUCCCCUGAGCUAUUUGAAAAAUUCUACGACUGCGAGGAGGAGGUGGAGCGGCUGUGCUGCCCAUGAAGGUGCCUUCGCUGCUCACCGGAGCCCCCUCGCCUGUUUCCCAUGGAAACGCCCUCUCCAGCAGGCAGAUCGGGCUGUCUCUUUCCUGUGGAAAUACAGCUGUGGUGGAAGGUGUGGAAGGGAGAGAAGUUGAGAACCAACUCUAAGCUUGGAGUGGAAGUCGUCCAAGCCCUGAGAAGAGGGCUCUAAAGACGGGGCUGUAGGGGUGGGAAUCUAGGC